CUCUUCUUCCCCAGCUCCCAUCACUCCUCUCUUCCUCUUCUUCUCCCUCCAUCCAUCGCCUCAACCAUCCACUGCUCCGACCGACUCUACAAUCUAGUACAUACGUGCAUGAUGGCAUCGCGCACCAUGUGGGUGAACGGCCCCAUCAUCGUGGGCGCGGGGCCGGCGGGCAUCGCGGCGGCGGCCUGCCUGCACACGCGCGGCGUCCCCUCCGUCGUCCUCGACCGCGACGACUGCCUCGCCUCGCUCUGGCAGCGCCGCACCUACGACCGCCUCCGCCUCCACCUCCCCAAGCACUUCUGCCAGCUCCCUGGCAUGCCCUUCCCCGACCACUACCCCGAGUACCCCACCAAGCACCAGUUCGUCGCCUACCUCGAGUCCUACGCCGCCGCCUUCCACGUCCGCCCCCGCUUCCGCCAGUCCGUCGUCUCCGCACGCUUCGACCACGCCGCCGGCCUCUGGCGGGUCACCGCCUCCGACGCUUCCGACGACGCUGAGGUCGUCACGGAGUACAUCGGUCGUUGGCUGGUGGUGGCCACGGGCGAGAACGCGGAGCGCGUCAUCCCGGACCUGGACGGCGCCGACUCCUUCAAGGGCCCGGUGAGCCACGUGUCCGAGUACAAGUCCGGCGAGCCGUACAAGGGGAAGCGGGUCCUGGUCGUCGGCUGCGGCAACUCCGGCAUGGAGGUGUGCCUGGACCUGUGCGACCACGGCGCGCGGCCGUCCAUGGUGGUGCGCGACGGCGUGCACGUGCUCCCGCGCGAGAUGCUCGGCGUCGCCACCUUCUCCGUCGCCGUCUUCCUGCUCCGCUUCCUGCCUCUGCGCCUCGUCGACCGCCUCCUGGUGCUCCUCGCGGGGCUCUUCCUCGGCGGCGACCUGGCCAGGCUCGGGCUGAGGAGGCCCUCCCAUGGAGGCCCGCUGGAGCUGAAGAACAGCAAGGGCAGGACGCCCGUGCUGGACAUCGGCGCGCUGGACAAGAUCCGCGCCGGGGAGAUCAAGAUCGUGCCCGGGGUGAGGAGGAUGGAGGCCGGCGGGGCGGAGCUGGUGGACGGGCGGUUCGUGGCCGCGGACGCCGUGAUCCUGGCCACCGGCUACCACAGCAACGUCCCACAGUGGCUCAAGGGAAGCGACUUCUUCAGCGGAGAGGGGUACCCCAAGGUGGACUUCCCGGAGGGGUGGAAGGGCGAGUCGGGGCUCUACUCCGUCGGCUUCACGCGCCGGGGCCUCGCCGGCCUCUCCCUCGACGCCGUCAGGGUCGCCAGCGACAUCGCAACCGAGUACCACAGCACGUCGCCGUCGCCGUCGCCGUCGAUGAUCGCACAGCAACAACCACAGCUGGUACCCUGCUCACAAGCAGAGACAUGAUCCUGAAUCCUGAACCAACAACAACAUGCAAGGCAUGGAUCUCAAGCGGGACGCAUGCAUGCUUCACUGCUUCAGACACACAUCCCCACCCCACUGGGCUGGCAACAACAACAAGCAAGCUAGGGGGUGUCACUGUCGCUCAAUGGUUCCGGAGUGCCAUAGAUAGAUAGAUGAACCACCGGAUCGACAUGGUAUUAACAGAAAGAAAGAAAGACAGACAGAGCCCAAAUUUUGGCGUGUUUAUGGGCACUGUAUCUGAUGCAUCGGCAUCUGCAGGCAGGAUCAUCUUCUCACUCUCUAAUGUAAUGUAAGGAAAUGUACAGCUGAGCUAGCCUAGCCUCCUUGGUUGCAAUGCAAUAAAUCAGUGACUGUGCUCUGCAUAUACUCCUACUGUAAUAAAUCUGCUGCUGACCGA